CGACCUGCUUCACCGCUUGUGAAGUCACCGUCCCUGCGGGUAGGGAGCGGGGGCUCGAACCGGGAUCCUUAAGCUGGCCCUUGGGCUUUGCGCCCCGUGCACUUAACCCGCUGCGCUAGCGCCCUGCCCCCUCUCCUAGAACUUUUUUUAAGUUUUUGUGUGCAGCUCCAAUGUGUGCAGUCCUUCACACAUUAAGUAGGUCUUCAGUAUAUUGGGAUUGUUUUUAUAAUCGUUAGUAAAAGUCAUAUCAUAAAUUUCAGAAAACUUACUGGUGGAUAGUAGGAUGAAGAAAGCUCCCUUGUCUACCAAAUAUUAGGCAGUCAGCAUAUACCAAGUAUCCAUCCGUGUGCUUAAGAGGUACUGGGUAGAGGACAGUACUAAAACUUGGGGGACAGUGGUGGCACACCUGGUUAAGCACUCACAUGGCAGUGCAGUAGGACCUGGUCCGAUCCCCUGGUCACAGCCCUCGUCUCCACCUCCAGGGCAGAUGAUUAAUAAGCUUCUCACCCCUUUCUGUCUCUAUCCAAAAUAAACUUGAAUUCUCUUGACUUUUCUCUUUAAAUUUUAAUAUUGGGUUAGGGCAGGGCAGCAUUCAGUUUUGUCAUAUGGAAGUCCUGGGAUCUAGUGUGAUAGACUCUCUGCUUGACCAUUUAGUUUACAUCACCACAUAUUCAUGGAUAGGGCAGCAUGGCUUAGAUAGUUUUAGAGACAUUUAUAUUUGCCUUUUGGAAUAGAUUUUUUUUCCUUUUACUCCAGAAUUUACUCCAGCUCUUACCUAUGUGGGGCGGGGGGAAUAGAGGGGAGUCUGAACCUCAGUAUGUAUUUUUCAGUUCCUAUAUCUGGCUGCUUCAAAACCACUCACCACUUUUAUUAGACUUCUUUUCCCCAAAUAAGAUAAUUCUAGUCAGGUUACGUUUUUUUUGGUUUGGUUUGGUUUGUUUGUUUUUUAUUCUAAGCACCUUGUUUUCAGUGUGCAGAAUUUCUUUACCUAGGACACACUAGAGAAAGCCUGUAACUUUCUCUGGACAUGUGGAUCAUUUUAUUCCACUAUUUAUAACAUGAAAUUUGUCCUCUGGCAUUUGGCAGUGCCUACAGUGAAACUUAGCUUCCUACAUGUGCAAGUCCUGUGCAUUAACAGAAUAGAUUAGUUGUCUUCUGAGUCCUCUGGCCUUGAUUUUGUGCUCUUCAUUUGGAAUACUUGACAACCCUCAGAUCAUCCACAUUUAUAAAUCCUUGUCAUAUUUAACAUCUGUCCGGAAGUAAUGUUUUCCUAAAGUCCUUCGAUUGUUAUUUAUAUCCAACUGCUAGAUCUCUGUCCUGACAAAUCACAUUUCUGUAGGUUCCCAAUAUUACUUGAUUUUUCUUGGGUUUCCAAUUCAGAUUUUGACUCCUGACAUUUAAAAACUUCAAACCUUGGAAAUCAUAUUAUUGUCAGAGUUUUCUUUUCAUUCUUAGAGUUUUAAGGAUAGUGUCUGGCAUGUGGUAUAUAUAUCAUUAGUGGAAAGAAGGAGCAAAUUAGGAGCAGAAGUCCUAGAUAACAGGAAAUCUGGGCAACUUUUUAUUCUACUUUUCUAGAUCAGGACUCAUGUAGAAUUAUGAAGUCAAUUUUGUAAGCCAUUUUAUCUGAUGAGUAUUUGUAAUAAAACAUAUCAAAAUACAUUUUACAUGAAGUAUGUAUGCACCUUUGGUUUCCGUUGCCUUUCUAAAAAUGUGUGCUGUGAACUAUGGCUCAGUUUUAAAACUAUUAUUCCAGUCUUUGCCUGGGAUAGCAAUUGUCAAAUAUGGUGAUCAUGAAGCUACUUCUGCCCAAAUAAAUUAAUUGGGGAAAUAAAGGACAUUUGUUGACACAGGGGCACAACUUCUUAUCUCCCUAUAAUAGGUAUUUGCACACACCAGCUUAAGUCCCUCUUCACCAUCAUGCAGUGGGUCCUCAAUGUCCUCUCUACCUCUUCUCUUCUCCCCCUAGCCCAGAGAGUCUUGCUUUGCUUCAGUACCACGCCUAGUCCAAGCUCCACCCUAUUUUCCUCCAUUUCCCUCCCCUCUCUUUAAGUUUCACCUAAAAAUGUUCACCUGUUAUUUGUCCUUCUGGCUAAUCUCACUUAGCAUGAUUCCUUCAAGUUCCAUCUAAGAUAUGGGAAAAGGGAUACUUUCGUUAUUUUUUACAGCUGAGUGGUAUUCCUUUAUGUGUGUGUAAGCCUAAACUUUUUUUAACCACAAUUUACGACAAGGGUUUCUCUCUGUCCUAUGUGAUAAUAACUACAACAAUGAAAAACAAGGGCAACAAAAGGGAAAAUAAAUAUUUGAAAAAAUUUUUAAUUAAAAAAAAAAACUGAACAACCUUGCACAAAAGUCAGCUCCAAUGAUCAGAGACAUGGGAAAUAUACCAGGAACCAUCAAGUCAUGAAACAUUGGCAGAAUAUUCCAUGGUGUUUACCUUGGAGACAUUUGAAGAUUUGAACUCAGCAGGAAAACAAAACCAAAAAUAGACCAAUGAGAUUGCAACAAAUGGAAAAGUUUCUGCAUAGCAAAAAGAAUCAUCAAAAUAGAACCUUGGGGCUGGUGAAAUGGCUCGUUUGAGUAAUUGCUGCUUUGCUAUGUGUGCAGCCCAGAUUUAAACCUGGCCCCCAACAUAUUGAAGGAAACUUGGGUGCUGUGGUCCUUCACUAUCUGUCUCUAUCCAAGAUAAAUAUGAGGCAGAAAGAGACCUGCAGCACUGCUUCACCAUUUAAUGAAGUUUCCUGUCUACAGGAUCUCCAGAGUGAAAUUCAUUUAAGACAAGAUUCUGACUUGGAACAACCAUGGAACAGUAUACAGCAAACAGCAAUAGUUCAACAGAGCAGAUUGUUGUACAGACUGGACAAAUUCAGCAGCAGCAACAGGGUGGUGUCACUGCUGUCCAGUUGCAGACUGAGGCCCAAGUGGCAUCCGCCUCAGGCCAGCAAGUCCAGACACUCCAGGUAGUCCAAGGGCAACCAUUAAUGGUACAAGUCAGUGGUGGCCAGCUAAUCACAUCCACUGGCCAACCAAUUAUGGUCCAGGCUGUCCCUGGUGGACAGGGCCAAACUAUCAUGCAAGUACCUGUAUCUGGGACACAGGGUUUACAGCAGAUACAAUUGGUCCCACCUGGUCAGAUCCAGAUCCAGGGCGGGCAGGCUGUACAAGUGCAGGGUCAGCAGGGCCAGACCCAGCAGAUCAUCAUCCAGCAGCCCCAGACAGCUGUGACCGCUGGUCAGACCCAGACACAGCAGCAGAUUGCUGUCCAGGGGCAGCAAGUAGCACAGACUGCUGAAGGGCAGACCAUUGUCUAUCAGCCAGUUAAUGCAGAUGGCACCAUUCUCCAGCAAGUUACAGUCCCUGUUUCAGGCAUGAUCACCAUCCCAGCAGCCAGUCUGGCAGGAGCACAAAUUGUUCAAACAGGAGCCAACACCAACACAACCAGCAGCGGGCAAGGGACUGUUACUGUGACACUACCAGUGGCAGGCAAUGUGGUCAAUUCAGGAGGAAUGGUCAUGAUGGUGCCAGGUGCUGGGUCUGUACCUGCAAUCCAGAGAAUCCCUUUACCAGGGGCAGAGAUGCUUGAAGAAGAGCCUCUGUAUGUUAAUGCCAAACAGUACCACCGUAUACUGAAGAGGAGACAAGCCCGGGCUAAACUAGAGGCAGAAGGAAAAAUUCCAAAAGAGCGAAGGAAAUAUCUUCAUGAGUCUCGCCACAGACAUGCAAUGGCACGAAAACGUGGAGAAGGUGGACGAUUUUUCUCUCCAAAGGAAAAAGAUAGCCCCCAUAUGCAGGAUCCAAACCAAGCAGAUGAAGAAGCAAUGACACAGAUCAUCCGAGUAUCCUAACCCAAGGAUUUGUGAUGGAGCAGACCAAGGUUGUGUUCCCAGCCACUGCUUCCCACUGUUUCAGGAAAUUGAUCUGUUCUUCCAAUGGGACAAUGAUGAUCACAUUCUGCCCUGUUCUACAGGACAGAAGUAACUUAGUUUUUAAUAAGUGGGAAGUCACUUAAUUUUUAAUAAGUGGCUAAGUAUUAUAAUUGCAGCAAUGUUUGGCAAAUUGAAGUUGCAAGCCUUUGUCUCACCUUUUGAGUCAGGACCUAUUUCACACUGUUGGUAAUAUUAACAUUUCAUGGAUUGGGACAGUACAAGGACCCAUGCCAGCCCAUCAGUGCUACACAUAGCACUUAGGUAGACUGGUGAAGCCAGCCAGCCAUCUCAGCAGGGGUGAACAACCUCAGUCUAAACCGAAAUCAGGGAAGCUAUGGCCCUCUCCUUCCCAUGGAAUCUAAAAUAGCAUCCAUCCUUCUGAUGGGAGCUCUCAGGCUGACUAACUGAAUGGACAGUUGUAUUUAGAGAUGGCUGUGAGACAAGAAACUCAUUUUAUGGUAUGGAAACAAUUAUCUGAGAUACAGUCAUCUAAUCUGUGGUAAUAAGAACCUCUGAUUGCCCAGAUGAUACUGAUAUUUUUGGACACCAGCCAAGAAAAUGCUAACUCUGGGAAUAGAAUGAUAAAAAGACUUGAGCACUAAAACUAUAAAUCGCUGAAAUUCUUUUCAUUUUAAGCUCUGGAAAGUUAUGGUCUGCUUGUCCAACCGUGAUAUUUCAUCUGGGGCCAUAGUUUGCACUGUGGCUACAAUUUUAAAAUGUAUUGGACUUCGAAACUGCCUUUGCUAAAUAGAAAACAAAACUUUUACAACAGCUUCUGCGCUGAAGUGUUGGGCAUGUGGUAAUAACUCCUAAUGCAGAGGACUAAACUAGAGAUUUUCAAUCAUAGAUUUUAUGACAGCAUCUGGGGAAUAGGCGGCUUCAUGUAUGUUCCAGUCUAGGAGAUGAGAGAGAAUAGUAUAUAUACACCUAGAUGUUUUCAUAUAGCAUGAUUCUCCAGUGGAUGGAUUCCUGGAAUGGAUCGUUAAGAUGAAGAGUAUAAUUUUAUGUUUAUACCAUAAUCUUUAAGCACGGAAAGAGAGAAGAUUUGAUCGUUGGCAAUUUCCAGAAAACACUGUUCAAACAGUCUUGGACAUAUUUCAGGUCACCUGCUCUAGAGUUUGAAGUGGAUGUUGGCUUCACCCCUGCAGCACUUUAUGUUGGCCCCAGGGAGCAAACAUUCUCAUUCCAUGGCAGCUGAUUAUUUGAUGCCAGUUUCCGUCUGUUUCCCUCUUUUUCCAUAGGCCUUGUGCAUCACAUUACAUCAGACAUUCUGGAAAUAGGGAUACCUACAGGGUUAGAAACUCUGUUGUGCCUCAGACAUCUGUUUCUUUUCUAGAUGUUGAGCCCUGGGAAAACAGACAUUUCAGAUGAGUUGCUGCCUUCUCUGAAAACAAAGAAGGGAGACCUAAGACCUCUGAAGAACAUUUGUGUUUAACAGGAGUAAAGAUUGACUUUCUUUGAUUUCAUUGUAAUUGUAUUUGGAAGGUAGAGAAAAACUCCACAAAGGGAAUUUCUAAUGGUAGAAAAUGGAGGGAGAGGGCUAUGCAAAGGUAGCAGGAAAUUUUUUUUCCUCCUAGUUUCUGGAAUCUCCCUCUGUCCAGGCUUCCAUUUGUCACAAAGGAGAAUGACCCUUUGGUGAACUUAGUAGAAAUUUCUGACUUACUUGAGUUUAAGAUAUUAACUUUAUUCAAUAAACCCAUUUUUGAGAUGAUUACUGAAAAUAAUGAGGAAUUUAUAUCCAUUUGGUCUACUUAAGAGUCUUCAAGAAAUUGAAUUCAGAAAAUUCUCAAAUCUAAUUUCUAGUACUUAAGCCAACCAGUCUAAAUACUAUUUAUUUGUGUAAGUUUGUACAUAGAAAUACCAGCCUCAUUGCAGGGGCUUUUUGUUUGUUUAUUCAUUUUUGUUUUAAUGAGUUUGAAUUUUAAUUUGUUUGAAAUUAAGUACUCCAUCCAGUUAUUUUGUCAUUGCAUUUCAGACAGCUCAUGAUCUUUUUAUUGUGGUCAUUUUAGCACAUCAUUAUAACCCACAAAGUGGGGGCAAGGGUUGAUGUUUCAAUUUUUUUGUUCUAGAAGUUAUUUUAUUCAUUUGUCCUUGUAAUAGCAGUGAUGGCUUUAUAGAUGCAGAAAGAGUGAAUGGAUGAGUGAAUAAUUUGUUUCAGUGCAUACUUGUUUCAUUUCUUGAGUGUUGGGACUAGGAUAAUUUGUAAAUGUAUGUAUUUUAAUUGCACUGGUAAAUUGAACAUGUCAGUGUCUAUAACACUGGACCAACAAAACAGUUUCUAGCUAUUGGAAGCCUGAUAAUAAUGUCUUGAUUUUCCUUUGGGACUCAGCUCUGUAGGUUUUUCCCUCUACACAAGGGAGAGUACAAGUGAUCAAUCAUUGAUGUCAUUGCAAUUGUUAUUUUUUAAAAUAAAUUUAUAAAAAUACCAAAAAAAAAAAA